ACACUUGCUCUUUCUUCUGUACUACCACCCUCUCACAUCUUCUCUCUCAUAACUACCGUUCCUUCGACAAAAACUCAGCCUUUAUAUAUUAAGGCGAAUUGUAGUGUUUCUUCGGCCUGGACGUCACCCUUUGAGUCCGUAUUUUCUCAAUUUUAUAGUCGCAGAACCCAAUGGCCAGCUGGCUUGAUAUCAUUGCUCUGCUCGUGACAGUCGGCAUCUGUGGGGGCAUCGUAUAUGGGAUCCUUUGCGCGUCGAGUUCUCUUUCGGAAACUGUCGCUUCUACCAAGGAAAAGCUGAAGGAGAAGGGCUACACCAUCUCGGAUAAAGGAGUAUCAGUGAAAACAUCUAAACGAUUCGGACGAGAGGACUACGUUGACGCGACACAGAGGGGAUUUGUCAAGGCUAUGGGAGCCGCCAGUUUCGGGUCGUCAACGUCACCUACCGGCUCACCUACGCUGUCUCCUCCAAUGAAACGGACUACAUCGUCUGCCAGCAUGGACAGUCUUGAAGAGAAGAAAAGGCGCGGCAUCUUCACGCGAAAACGCAAAGACUGAUGCCACUCGACAUUUUGGAUCUCCAGAAAUCUGUUUGGCAUGUAUCUACAUGGUUCAUACUUUCCUCCGCGAUACGGGGUGAUCAAUAUUAUUCACAAAUGGAUUUACAGCG